AUGAAACUAUCAAACAGUCUCGCCCUUCUAUUACCUUUACUGCAGGUCACAGCAGCGCUUCCACAACCAGACCAGCCUCGUUUAGGAAAGGUGUUGCGAGCAGAAGAGCCUGCAUCAGCGCCAGCGACUUCAGGAGCUCAUGCCCCAGCUGCAGUAGCAAAAGUACAGACGGGAGAGAAGAAGGAGGAGGUAAAAGAACAGACGCCAAAGGAGAAGCCGAAAGAUAACAAGUACUUCCACGAGCCUGGCGGUGAUGAGGUCCUGGGCCACUACGACAUUCGGUACUUCAAGGAAUUAGUACCCUACGAGGAGCACCGGCCAGCAUUACGACACUUGAUUCGAAGCUAUUUGACUGUCUUCAGAGAACUCGGUAUCGAGACAUGGAUAGCGCAUGGCACUCUCCUCGGCUGGUGGUGGAAUGGGCGCAUCAUGCCUUGGGAUUACGACCUGGACGUUCAGGUCUCAAGCGCGACCCUUUACUACCUAGGCAAGCAUUACAACAGAACCACCCACGAGUACUCGUACGUUGAUCCCGUUGACGGUCAGACGCACAACAAGACGUAUCUCCUGGAUAUCAACCCGCACCACAUCGAGCGGGAUCGCAACGACGGUAUGAACGUCAUCGAUGCACGCUGGAUCGACAUGUCUAAUGGCAUGUUCGUCGACAUCACCGGACUGGCUGAGCGUGAGCCUGGAAAGAGCCCGGGCAUCUGGAGUUGCAAGAACUACCACCGAUACCGAACGCGCGAUCUGUACCCGAUGCGAGAGUCCGAGUUUGAGGGCGUGCCAGCCACUAUUCCGUAUAGCUUCGAUCGUAUUCUUACUGAAGAGUAUGGCAUGAAAAGCUUGGUAACUACCGAGUUUAUGGGUCAUCGCUGGGAGCCCGAUCUCAAGGAAUGGAUCCGGGUGCAGAAGCCCGACGACCCUAAAGCUUAA